UACAUUUGCGGAUAGUCAUAGCACCACCACCCCGACUUCUCAUGUUACUGGCUUUGCCGCCCCCCUCUCGAGUUCACAGGUGGCCCAGCCCCCCGGCAAGGUCAUCGCUCGCUCGCUGGACUGCACAGCGCAGCUGGUUUGCGGGAACGGGACUUGUGAUUCCCUGCGUCUCGCAAUGUCUCUCCCCGCUGCAGGGGGAGCGGGGCCUGAUAAGCUGAUCUUCUAUGUGAACGGGAGGAAGAUAGUAGAGAAGAAUGCUGAUCCUGAACAAAUGCUGUUGUCUUACCUCCGAAAGAGACUCCGUCUCACAGGAACUAAGUAUGGCUGUGGAGGAGGUGGCUGCGGAGCCUGCACUGUGAUGAUCUCCACAUAUGAACCGGUUUCCAAGAAGAUAAGACAUUAUUCUGCCAAUGCCUGUCUAUUACCCAUAUGUUCGUUGCAUGAUGUUGCUGUCACCACUGUGGAAGGCAUAGGAUGCACAAAAACCCGGAUACAUCCAGUUCAGGAAAGGCUGGCCAAGUGCCAUGGCUCUCAAUGUGGCUUUUGCACCCCUGGAAUGGUGAUGUCCAUGUAUAGUUUACUGAGAAACCACCCUGAACCCUCCAUGGAGCAGAUAGCUGCAGCUCUGGCUGGUAACUUGUGCCGCUGCACUGGGUAUAGGCCAAUCUUAGAUGGCUGUAAAACCUUCUGUAAGGAACCGUUUUGUUGUCAAAGUAAAGAAAAUGGGAACUCUUGCUUGGAUCAAGAAGACAAACUUAAAGGAGAGAAGACUUCCUCCAAGCUGUUUUCAGCAGAUGAAUUUCAGCCCUUGGACCCCACCCAGGAGUUUAUAUUUCCACCAGAAUUAAUGACAAUGGCUGAAAAUCAGCCAAAAAGAACUCUUGUUUUCCAAGGGGAAAGAACAAUAUGGAUUUCUCCUGCUAGCCUGAAGGAGCUUCUGGAGCUGAAAACUAAGUACCCCAAAGCACCUCUCGUUGUGGGGAACACCAGUGUGGGGCCUGAAAUGAAAUUUAAAGGAGUGCAUCAUCCAGUUAUCAUCUCUCCUGCAAGGAUCCUAGAUCUGAAUGUGGUGAGAUACACAGACAAUGGACUAACCCUUGGAGCUGCCUGCAGUCUGGCUGUAGUGAAAGAUGCCCUGACAAACACAGUCUCAAAACUUCCAGGGGAGAGGUCAAAGAUUUUCCAUGCUCUCUUGCAUCAGUUAAAAACUCUGGGAGGACAGCAGAUCAGAAACAUUUCCUCUUUAGGUGGAAACAUUAUGAGUAGAAAGUCAACAUCAGACUUGAAUCCCAUUCUAGCAGUUGGCAACUGUACCCUCAACCUGGCAUCAAGAGAGGGAACACGGUGGAUUUCUUUGAGUGACAUUUUUGCCAGCGGAGUUGGUAACAAUACCCUUAUGCCUGAAGAAGUCUUAGUCUCUGUUCACAUCCCUCAUUCCAGGAAGGGGGAGUUUGUAUCAGCAUUCCGACAGGCCCAGCGCCGGGAAAACUCACUACCAAUUGCUAAUGCUGGGAUGAGGGUACUUUUUGCGGAAGGCACGGACAUAAUUAUGGACUUCGGCAUUUUCUAUGGCGGCGUUGGCUCUACCACCAUCUGUGCAAAACAAACCUGUGAGGCACUCAUAGGGAGGCAUUGGAAUGAGCACAUGCUGGAUGAAGCUUGCAGACUGGUUCUUAAAGAAGUUUCUCUGCCGGGCUCAGCCCCAGGUGGGAAGGUGGAAUAUAGAAGGACUUUGAUUGUCAGUUUCCUCUUCAAAUUCUACCUGGAAGUGCUUCAGUCAUUGAACAGGAUGGACCCCCAUCGGUGUCCUGACAUAUCAGAGAACUAUAAGAGUGUCCUACAAGAUUUCCAACCCAAAAUGCCCCAGAGUGAACAAAUAUACCAGGAAGUAAACCCAGAGCAGCUUCCCAGGGAUCCAGUAGGACGUCCCAUCAUGCACCAGGCUGGUAUAAAACACGCCACUGGUGAAGCUCUUUACUGCGAUGACAUUCGUGCUGUGGAUGAAGAGCUCUUCUUGGCUGUGGUAACCAGUUCCAGAGCCCAUGCAAAGAUUGUAUUUAUUGAUACAUCAGAGGCCCUCAAAGCACCAGGAGUGUUUGAUAUUAUAACAGCUCAGGAUGUCCCAGCCACAAACGAGUUCUACUAUUACAGUGAUCCAGAGGUUAUAUUCGCAAAAGAUAAGGUAAUUUGCGUGGGUCAGAUUGUCUGUGGUGUGGUUGCGGAUUCAGAUGUUCAUGCCAAACAAGCAGCUGCAAAAGUGAAGAUAGAGUAUGAAGAUCUGGAGCCGGUGAUCCUGACUGUUGAGGAGGCUAUAAAGCACAAUUCAUUCUUUGAGCCACAAAGAAGACUAGAACAAGGAAAUGUUGAUGAAGCAUUUGAAACGGUUGAUCAAAUUCUUGAAGGGGAGAUCCAUAUCGGGGGACAGGAACAUUUUUACAUGGAGACUCAGUGUGCACUUGUUGUACCAAAAGGAGAGGAUAAAGAAAUGGACGUGUAUGUGUCAACCCAGCAUCCAGCACUUAUCCAGGAAAUGGUGGCCUCAUGUUUAGGGAUUCCAGCCAAUAGGAUCAUGUGCCAUGUAAAAAGGAUCGGUGGAGCUUUCGGUGGGAAAGUAGGGAAAGCUGGUCUGUUGGCAUCUGUUGCUGCAGUGGCAGCAAACAAAACUGGUCAUGCAGUUCGUUUUAUCCUGGACCGGGGGGAUGAUAUGUUAAUCACAGGGGGCCGACACCCUCUCAUUGGAAAAUAUAAAGUUGGCUUCAUGAAUGAUGGUAGGAUCAUGGCUGCAGAUGCCAAAUACUAUAUUAAUGGAGGAUGCACGCCUGAUGACUCUAUUCUGGUAGCAGAGGUAGUCUUACUAAAAAUGGAUAAUGCUUACAAGAUUCCCAACCUGCGGUGCUGCAGUCGCGCCUGCAAGACGAACUUGCCGUCAAACACAGCGUUCCGAGGUUUUGGUUUCCCACAGUCAGGACUGAUUACAGAAUCCUGGAUAACAGCCAUUGCAGCCAAAAGUGAUUUAUCACCAGAAAAGGUUAGAGAAAUAAACAUGUACAAAGAAACUGAACAAUUAUGCUACUUUCAAGAGCUUGAUCCAGAGAACCUGGUAAGGUGUUGGAAUGAAUGUAUGGAGAAGUCUGAAUACUACAGCAGGAAAACAGCUGUGGAAGAAUUUAACAAGCAAAAUUACUGGAAGAAGAAGGGGAUUGCCAUUAUUCCCAUGAAGUUUCCAUUUGGCUUGUUCACGCGUUUUCUAAGUCAGGCUGCUGCUCUGGUUCAUAUCUAUAUGGAUGGUUCUGUGCUUCUAACUCAUGGUGGAAUUGAAAUGGGACAAGGCAUUCACACCAAAAUGAUCCAGGUUGCCAGCCGGGAAUUAAAGAUCCCCAUGUCGAGUAUUCAUUUUUGUGAAACAAGCACAACAACUGUUCCUAAUGCUUGUGCUUCAGUAGCAUCUGCUGGAACUGAUGUCAAUGGAAUGGCAGUAAAGGAUGCUUGCCAGACUCUCUUGAAACGCCUGGAGCCCAUCAUUAGCAAGAACCCAAAAGGUACCUGGAAUGAUUGGGUUAAAGAAGCAUUUGAACAGAGCAUUAAUCUUUCAGCUACAGGGUACUUCAGAGGCUAUGAGGCUAACAUGGAUUGGGAGAAAGGGGAAGGCCAUCCAUUUAAGUAUUUUAUUUUCGGAGCUGCUUGUUCGGAGGUUGAAAUUGACUGUCUUACAGGCGAUCACAAGAACAUCCGAACAAACAUUGUUAUGGAUACUGGAUGCAGCAUAAAUCCAGCUGUGGAUAUAGGACAGAUUGAAGGUGCCUUUGUUCAAGGCAUUGGACUUUAUACAAUGGAGGAGUUAAAAUACUCCCCAGAAGGCGUCUUGUACACUCGGGGCCCGGAUCAGUAUAAAAUCCCUGCAAUCUGUGACAUCCCAGAACAGUUCAGUGUUUCCUUGCUGUCAUCCUCACAAAAUCCUUAUGCCAUCUACUCAUCCAAGGGGAUGGGCGAGGCAGGGCUGUUCCUGGGAUGUUCUGUGUUCUUCGCUAUCUGGGAUGCAGUGGCCGCUGUACGGAAGGAAAGAGGAUUAACCAGGACCUUCACACUGAACAGCCCCCUGACUCCUGAGCGGAUUCGAAUGGUCUGUGCCGAUCAGUUUACUGAGAUGAGUGCGAAAGAUGAACCGGAGUCCUUCGUUCCUUGGGCCAUCUCCAUAUGAAUGGCAAACAGAACCGUGCACAAAGCCUGAAUGAACUCAGUGGUACUGAUUUGUUUGAGGGUGGGGGCUCAUUUAAUCAACAAAC